UUCGAAAUCUCUUCCUGUCCUCUCCACCUCGUUUCGGUUCUCUAAGUUCCCUAAUGGCAUCCCGUUUCACUAGACUAUUUUCCUCGUCUAUACGCUCGUCAAGGGCAACAUGGCAAGGUUUUAAAGCUGGUGCCGGUAGAAGAGGGAUGAGUUCAUCCGCAGGAGAGACGAAGAAGGGUUCGGAUUUGCCUUGGAUUAUUGGCUCUGCUGUCGUAUUCGGACCUGCCUUCCUCUACCUCGCCUCGCCUUCCUCCAGAAGAAGCGCUCCUCACAUACCUCACGACCCUUCACACAGCCACGCACCGCUACCCAUGAAAGACGAUGAAGGAACCGUAGCUGAUGUUUCUGGUUCCGUUGCCAAAGCAGAGGCGGACGAUGUUCCCCAAGCAGACGCGGCAUCUCAUGAAGAGAAGCCCAAGGACAAGGAAGAAGCGCCAGCGCCCAAAAAUGAAAAAAAGGAGGAUUCGUCCGCUUCUAUGGAGGAGAAGAAGGAAGCAGAGUUUGCUGAGAAGAAACCUGAGACUGGAGAAAAAGGCUCAGAAUAUGAGAAAACUCCUGGAUCGUCACCGGACACCGCUGCUAAACUGCAAGGAGGCAGAACGGAUUCGGACACAGUUAAAGCCGAUCAAGCCAACAAGGAAAAGAAGGAGAACUCGGAGUGAUUUGAGAAUUCCACACAAAUUCCUCAGCGUUAUCUUCAGUAAACCUAAAACUUCCUUCCAAUGUUACUUUGAUAGCUCAAAUUUAUUGCUCCGCCCCACUAAA